AUGGCCCUCCACAAUUUGCCGUCCUUUGUAGCUCUUAAUUUUUUAACUUUUUUAAACUCUCCUAAACCUUGUUUCCGCUAUCCAUUUUAUUCAAGAUCGUUUUCUUCCGCUUCUAUGUCCCGUCUCUUAAUAAUUUUUAACUUUUUUAAACUCUCUAAACCUUGUUCCGCUAUCCAUUUAUUCAAGAUCGUUUUUCUUCCGCUUCUAUGUCCCGUGUCCCUUCAGGACCUCUUAAUAAUUUUUAACUUUUUAAACUCUCCUAAACCUUGUUCCGCUAUCCAUUUAUUCAAGAUCGUUUUUUUCUUCCGCUUCUAUGUCCCGUGUCCCUUCAGGACGUUAGCGAUCAUGGCCCUCCACAAUUUGCCGUCCUUUGUAGCUCUUAAUUUUUUAACUUUUUUAAACUCUCCUAAACCUUGUUCCGCUAUCCAUUUAUUCAAGAUCGUUUUCUUCCGCUUCUAUGUCCCGUCCCUUCAGGACGUUAGCGAUCAUGGCCCUCCACAAUUUGCCGUCCUUUGUAGCUCUUAA